ACUAUCCUUAAGGCUAUUUCUACAUCUAAUUGGACCAUCCCUCCCUUCGUCUUACUUCCCAGCGUUAAUAUUAUAUACAAAUAUAUUAAUAAUUCCCUUAAUGAUGGGACAAUUAUCGCUACCUCCCUACGAAGUUAUAUAAAUAAUUAA